CAGCACGAAAGCAUUUGUGCCUUGCAGAUUGUCGUUUUAAUGCUUAAGUUUGUUUAACUUUCUGUGUUGAGAAGAGGAUUAAGAAUGACUAGCAGGGACAGCGCAAUUAGAAACUUGAAAACCGAAUUUAAAGACCUUGAAGAAAUUGAAUUUGGUUAUACUUUCAGACUAGUAAUGCCUGACAAUUCUCAUUAUUUGCAACUUUAUCUUCCACCUUCUUUUCCUGAAAAACAUGCUCCUGAACUUAAGAUGUUACCUUCCAUUCCUGGGGGCAUUCGAGGUUUAAUUGACGAACGUGGAAAUGUUAUCAGCCGUUGCAGUAACACUAAAUCAUUGAUUGGUUUAAUAAAAGAAUUGAUUUCAAUAUUUGCCUCGAGAACUUUUGUCGACAACUCCGCUUCCGACUUGAAUUCCUACGAACUAAAGUUCCCGAUCUCCCACUUGAAUGAAAAAGAGCUCGAAGUACUUUUAAACGACGAGCAUAAGUUUAUGGAGUUCUGUCUUGCUCUUCCACAACUGCGGGACGGCGCCACCGUUUUGCGCGAGUUAAAAGAAUCCAACGAGGCUCUUGCACGAAAAAAUUUAGAAAAGGAAGAAGUUAUCGAGCAGACGAGGGCGCAACUUUUUGCUAUCCAUGAACAGCUUGAAAAGCAGAAGGAGAGUUAUGAGGAUGUUUACGAACAAGUCCAGGCGGUGAUCAAGGAAAGAAAUCCCAAAAUAUUAUUAAAAGAGUUCAAAGAGUUCGUUGACCAGACAGAAAGAGAAUCCGACGAAGUUUCAACUGAGUUUCUUUCUGGAGAUUUGGGUUUUCAGGAAUUUAUUGAUAAAUAUGAAUUAGCUCGGACAAUCUAUUAUCUUCGCUUAUUCAAAUACGAAAAGUUUAAAGAAUAUUUAGAAUCAAACUCCUGA